GAACUUAUCUUCAAGCUGCCAAACACAAUCCCAGUUAUUCAUUCAGUACAAAAUGUGAUGUUUACUGGAACGGGUCAACUUUUUUUUGUUUGUUUAAAAAAUCAUAAAUUUCGUCUUGCAAAAUGGAGCAGUCCAAAAUUAUCGAAAAUCAUCAAAAUUUGCCGGCAGAUAAGAUGAAAGCACCAAGUGCAUAUGGUGAAAUCAAGGAAUUGAUUUCCUACACACCGGCAAACCAAGAAGAGGUUCUCAAAAAGGAGCAGGGGAUCCCGAUUGCCGAGGGAGAGCCAGAAGCACCGGCAACUGUCCCAAAUGCCAACUACCAAGAACAAAAGUUAAACGAAACGGUGCCAGUUAAACCCAGCAACACGGAACAAAACCACAUAAAAUUCCAAAAAGAAGAAUCCAAUCCCAAGGAAAACUCUACAGAGACAUCUUUGAAGAGCCAGACGCAGACUAAGGAGAAAAACGGAGCCGAGGAACCUACUGCAGAGAAGAAUGAGACCAGCAGCAAUUUGAAGACAAAGCCGCCAAUUGAGGAUCAUCCAGCAACAGGAGGGACGGAAUCAGCUCAGAAACAAAAGGAUUCCAAUGAAACCAAGUCGAAAAAGCAACCGAAGAAGGACAAGCCCAAGGAUACCAAGGAUAAGUCAAAAGCCCCGAAGAAGUCGCCAAUCACAGAAGCUCAAGAAAUAAUGCCGGAAUUGAGCGCUCAGGAAUCAAAAAAGAAGAAUGCCAAUGCCAAGGAAAUUAAAUUGGAAGAGGAGAAAAGGCAAGACUGGAGGUCUUUACUUACGGAGGUCAGUCUGGUCUCUUCCCUCUCAACUUUUAAAUUAUUGUAUGACAAGUCAGCCGCUCCACAAUCCGCGGAUGCGUCUGUCCGAAAGCGCUCUGCCAAGCAACUUUACAAGAAAAAGUUGCAGAUCCUGAGGGAAAACUACACAUACCGCUUGGGGCUGCUCAAGCAGCUCAAAGAAGCCAUGAGGGACAAAUACAACAGCGAGGCCCAGCAGCUCUACUCCGAAUACACUUCCGCCAAGAACAAGCACAAGCACGGGUAUCUAAAGAACACUGACAUACACUCGAAGGACUCCGAUGAGUCCAAGGUGACAGAUCCCAUCGAGGACCCCGUAGCUCUGGCCACUCUGGGCUAGCGAACCAAAUCCAGGACCUAUAUCCAUCCCAGACGGGAAGGACGAUAAUGGCACUUGAUUCCUUGCGUUCAUUAUGUGCACUUCUUGCUUUGCAUCUUGAAGUGUGGCGGAAUCUCGAUCCAGGACAUUCGUCCUGUUGGUAGCGACAGUAUAUAUGUGUAUGUUCUCCGGCUCCAAGCUUUAAUUUGUGCCACUUCUGUUUUGCAUGACGAAA